UUCAGAUUCAGCGACAGCCAAACAGAAAAUCCAAUGCCAAAGAAGUGGAAUUUGAGGAAAUUCAUUCAAACGGGAGAAGCACAAUCCAGCCAGAAGCAUCAAUAAGAGCAACAUAAAAAGGAAAACAGACAGAUACAGCCAGUUUGGCUUACCUGCUAAAACGGUGGAAAGUGGUAGAAAUUCGGAUGAAGAAGAAGUGAAGCUGUUAGCUAGAGUGUGUAUUGUGUGAUAGGCUACACCAGUUUCUAGGGCCAACUUCCUGUGUUUCAGCUUCGGCUCGCUCGGUGGUGUACCUACAAGAAAAGAGCCGGUUUUACAAUUCAAGCUGUGCGGUGGUGAAGUGUUUGGCAGUCAAUGGAUGUUUGUCAUCUCCUGGCGUUGUUCCCGUACCUCCUCCUCCAGUCAGUGUCGGUAUCCUGUUCAGGGCUCAGGUGUGUUGUGCCGUCUAAGGGCAGGAGCGUUGCCCUCUUUUUGUGUGGAACAGUUGCCAGAGAAAAAUCGUCAAAACGUGGGGCGAAAUCAAGAAAGGUCUCCAAUCGCUGUGGAUGACUAGGCUCUGCAGUCCUUGGGAUUACAACCAGCACGACGAGUAUCCAGCGGACGGAUUCUCCCAGUUCCUGCAUCCGUCUCCCAUCGAUAGCAAAGAAAUGGACGACAUGUUGGUGCACUGCAACAAGAACAGCGUCUACGUGUUGGAUUCCAGCUACCGAUACCGGGAUUUCGACAUGAUAGAAUUAUUCGGUUCACCGGCUGGAAGAGCAUUAACAGUGAAUAAUAGAACAGCUGCCGAAAUGCAGCCAUGUAGUAAAUCGAACAACAGCACCAACAACAGUAGUAGUUCCAACAUUGCCAACAGCAUCUGCACCCCUCCGCCCCUCAGCCAACAGCCCCUGCUCUACCACCCACUGCAAAACUGUGGCUACAGUGGAACUUGCAGUACCAUUUGCACCGGCCUGAACCAGAACCAUUCGAGCCCUUCAACUGCCAGCAACAACUUUGCCGAAACCAGCGAUCUAAUAAGGUACAGAUCCAACAACCAAAAGCCCCAGUUGCACAGCCAGCACCACCAUCACCACCAAACUACAAACUACAGCAACAACAACGGUCGAACGAACUCGAAGAUUGCCAAAAUAUGGAAGUUGUUCGACGAGGACCGAAUACGCAAAGCCAACCCAGCCAGCAACAACCAUAGCGGCAGCAGUACCAGCACUAGCACCGGCAUUAGCGGGAGUGACAUCUUCAGUCGAUGUCAGAGCACCCGAAGGAAGUCCAGCUCGAGCCAAAGCGAGGAGAAAUCCACCAAAGACCUGUACAACGAGGCGGCUCAGCUGCUUGGGAUCAAGUGCACUCUCAGUGACAGCUGUCGGUGCAUUGAUUGUCAGAGCCAAUACUUUGACUGUGAUGAUUUCGAUUCGUACUCGGAGUAUUCGGAUAAAUCAUACGACACGGAGGACAAUUUCGUCGUAAAUCAAUCGUAUUACUGCUCCAGCAGCGGCAGCAUCCACAACCAACAACGGGACGAAAUGACAGACGUCUGUCAUCAGGAUGACGAGGAACAAGACGUCUCCACUGUACAUUCGCAAAUCAACAGUAACGAAUCCUCCAGCAACAUCAGCAGAAACAGCAUCACGCCCACCAGCUAUGCCAAUCAGCCACAGCAGCAGCAGCAUCAUCUCCGGGGAGUAAACGUUUCCAACGUGCGUGAUGGCGAUGAAAAUGAGGAUGACAAUGGUAACAAUAAAAAUGAUCAAUAUUUACUGCACGCCACGUCCCACGAGCUGCCGCCAUAUCCGGUGGGAGGACAAGACGCUCCUAGAAUCCCCACUGCAUCGCCACCCCAUGCCGCCGUUGCCGGUGCUAGUAGGAAGAGUAAUGACAGUGAGAUCGGACCGAAGCAACAGAUAAGGCCGUCAUCACCGCUUCUGCCGGGAGAGGAUGGCUCAUCCAAUUCCGUUAGAGAUUAUGGCUCGGCCGGGGAAAUUAACGAACCGGAAACGAAUGGCAAUUUGAUAGCAUGAAAAAGCUGCAAAUCAACAAUCGCCUUGAUGACCCUUUCACCGGAAGUACCAGAACGAAACCAACUGAUGGCAGCUGCAUGAACCCAUUCACACACACCACUCUUCCCGUCAAUUCAGCAAAAAAAAAUCCAACAAAAUCUUGCGAGGAAAACAUUUUUCCAGAGGUGGUAUCGAACCCAACCGGAUAGGAACUGUUAACCAGCAACUAGCAGAGCAUCCGAGAUAGAGAAGAUAACCUCCCCCGCCUGGCCAUCCACUUGAGCAAGCUGUGUAGGUAGUCUUAUGUCCUUCACCACCACCACCGAGGACCAAGCCCUUUUCAAUGAGCAAAGUCAAAAGCGCGUGAUAAACAGUAAAGUCACGUUCGGCGAUCUGAUCCAUUAGUUUUAAGUGGAUUACUCGUGCUGUGUCCUGCAUUCAUUUUCGGCGGCAAAUCCUCUUGGUCGGUUGAUUGGUACUGUUCUUUUUUCGCCACGCUUUGGAAAUGUAGCAGGGAGUGACCGUUUUCUGUCUGACUGUCUCGGGGAAGAAAAUGAAUGCAUGCAAGAGGGCGAGCAGAUAAAUCAAUUCAGAGACAACUCACGCGCAAGCCGAACUAAUAAAAUUCGGGACGGGAAUUUAAUGAAUCGAACGUACACAAUUAGGACCCCUUAUAGGAAGGAAAUACGACGUGAAAAUGAACGUGGUUUUUCAGAACGAUGAACACGAAACUAUUGCGACACCUAUGAAAAAGGAGUAGCAUUAUUAGCUGUAAUAGUGUUAGUUAUUCAAUUAUGGCUCAUUUAGCAGGAGCGGUAAAAACGUAAACCAGAAUUAUGG